AUGUCAGUGUAUUCACUUCACAUUUCUGGUUUGAAACACAUCACUGAUAGUGUUUAUUGCAACCAUUAACCUUAAGAAUCCAGCAAGUCAAUCAAAGGACAUCAUAAAAUAAAUAGCUCACAACUAUUGAAUUAAAAAGUUCUUGUUAAUAACAAUGCAUUGAUUGGAAAUCAAUCUCAACACAAAACUUCUCUCAAAAAAACUAUCUAUAGUUAUAUCGAUACUAUCAGUGAUCCUAAAAGGAAUAUCCAUAGCUCAAGAGGACCAUAAAACUACGAAACUAUGAUGCACAGAAAUGAUUUCCAUUUGAAAAAGUAUUAACCAAGAGGAGAAUCAAUUGAAAAAGAAUGGAAAUCAUCUAUUCGCACCUAUCAUACAGAAAUCACCCAAAAAUCAGUCUCACCCCCUACGAAUUAGAAACCCAAAAUUUGCUAACAAUCAAGAAAUCCAAUAUUAUCACCCUCUUCUGGUAAAAAAUACAGACCUACAAAGAAAACUUAAUUUGAUAAGGUACCAAAAAAGUAAAAUAAAAAUGGCAUAAAAAUAUUUAAAUAGGCUAAUUCAUCACAAGGGUUUGUGAAUACUUUGGAUUAGAACAGUCCCAGGAAUAAACCAAUCACUAUAAUCUCUCCUAGAUUUGGAGAAGGAGUUUAGAUGAAAUAAAUAUUCUCUGAAUUCUUCGUUAACUAACAAACCAAGAAAUGA